AUGGCGGUCAACAGGAUAAGAGGUGCUUUUGCGCCUCCAAAGAAGGGAGAGACUUUUGAGCUGAGAGCAGGCCUGGUCUCUCAAUAUGCCUAUGAGCGGAAAGAAGCUAUCCAAAAGACCAUCAUGUCCAUGACAUUGGGCAAGGAUGUGUCUUCCCUGUUUCCCGAUGUUCUGAAGAACAUUGCAACGGGAGAUCUGGACCAGAAGAAGCUUGUAUACCUAUACCUGAUGAAUUAUGCGAAAUCACAUCCGGAUCUAUGUAUCCUCGCCGUAAAUACUUUCGUACAGGACUCCGAAGACCCAAACCCCCUUGUCCGAGCGCUUGCGAUACGAACGAUGGGAUGUAUCCGGGUAGACAAAAUGGUAGACUACAUGGAAGAGCCACUACGAAAAACGCUGAGGGACGAAUCACCCUACGUGCGAAAAACAGCGGCUCUUUGCGUUGCCAAGCUCUUCGACCUGUCUCCCUCGAUGUGCUUAGAGAACGGCUUCCUGGAGCAGCUCCAGGAACUGGUCGGUGAUCCCAACCCUAUGGUCGUAGCCAACUCGGUGACCGCGCUGGUGGAGAUCAUGGAAGCAGCCCCAGAGACAAAAGCAAUGGUUAUCACUGCGCAGACCCUAAAGAAGAUGUUGUUGGCACUGAACGAGUGCACAGAGUGGGGGCGAGUGACAAUCCUCACGACCUUAGCAGACUACAAGGCCGUGGAUAUCAAGGAAGCUGAACACAUUUGCGAACGAGUUGUCCCACAAUUCCAGCAUGUUAAUCCAAGUGUCGUCUUGGCCGCCGUCAAGGUUGUGUUCUUGCACAUGAAGAACAUCUCUCCCGAGUUGCUAAAAUCGUACAUGAAGAAAAUGGCACCACCUCUCGUCACACUUGUAUCCUCAGCGUACGAAGUACAGUAUGUUGCGCUACGAAACAUCGAUCUCCUUCUUCAGAAGCAGCCGGACAUCCUGAGUAAAGAGAUGCGCGUAUUCUUCUGCAAAUACAACGACCCGAACUACCUCAAGAUGGAGAAGCUGGAAAUCAUGGUACGGAUAGCGAACGAUAAGAACGUGGACCAACUGCUCGCAGAACUUAAAGAGUACGCACUGGAGGUUGACAUGGACUUCGUUCGACGAGCUGUCAAAGCCAUCGGACAGGUUGCGAUCAAGAUUGAGAGCGCCAGCGAGAAGUGCGUCAACACACUGCUUGAUCUUAUCAACACCAAAGUCAAUUACGUGGUCCAAGAAGCGAUCGUGGUGAUCAAGGACAUCUUCCGAAAGUACCCCGGCUACGAAGGAAUAAUCCCCACCUUGUGUCAAUGCAUUGACGAGUUGGACGAGCCCAACGCAAGAGCCUCACUUAUCUGGAUCGUGGGCGAGUACGCUGAGAAGAUCGACAAUGCUGGAGAGAUUCUAUCAAACUUCGUUGAUGCUUUUGCAGAAGAAUUCACUCAGACUCAGCUCCAGAUCCUCACAGCAGUCGUCAAGCUCUUCCUCAAGAAGCCCGACCAGGCUCAGGACCUCGUACAGAAGGUCUUGCAAGCUGCGACAGCCGAAAACGACAACCCUGACAUCAGAGAUCGAGCCUACGUUUACUGGCGACUGCUCUCGAGUGAUCCCCAGAUUGCGAAGGACAUCGUACUUUCCGACAAACCACCGAUCACUUCGACAAUCCGUUCUCUUCCACCUCAGCUACUUGACAGUCUCUUGAAUGAACUCUCGACACUUGCGUCUGUUUACCACAAGCCGCCAGAGGCAUUCCUCGGACAAGGUCGAUUUGGUGCCGAGGCUAUGCAGCGCGCUGCCAUCGAAGAGCUGCAAGAGGAUGCACGGGAGAACCCGAUUGCUGCAGCAGCAGUCGCAGCGGCAGCGAGCGGGCAGUCGGCGCCCCAAUCGAACAUGGAAAAUCUGCUGGACAUUGACUUCGACGGCUCUGCGCCUGCUUCGCUACAGAAGGAGCCUUCGCAGGGACAGUCUGGUCUCGAAGGGCUUGCAGGCACACCGCAGCGUGUCGCGUCUCCCGCAGCAAGCGGUGCUCCGCAACCACAGUCCAACAUGGAUGAUCUAUUAGGUCUCUUCGGAGACGGUGGAAGCGGAGGAGGAGCACCUAGCGCACCUGCACAGACAAGUAACGACGACGUAAUGAACGGAUUUGCAAGCAUGAGCAUGCAAACAAACCAACCCCCGCCUGCCACUCAACAACUGGGAGGAGAGGCGAGCAAGAAAACGAACCAGGAUCUAUUAGACUUGUUCUAG